CAUCCGAAAGUCAAGAUUCAUCAUGGCAGUCAAGGUCACUGACUGCGUCAUCAUGCGGCUGAGGCUAAUAGGGUUCAAGUUCCGAGGCUCGGUUUCAACUGCCAUUCUGCACUGCCGCGCCGCAUACCGUACUAUGAUAGCCGAUGACACCGAGAUUGGAUCCGAGAAAACUCCCCAACUUUCUUCAAAACUUCAAUCAUCUCCUACCGCGAGCCUGGGCCACCCGCUGCCGUAGUGACGUGAUCUCCUGACCUCCUGCCUCUGUCUCAUCGCGAUCAGACGGUCUCGAGAGGCCAACCCCUUCUCUUCUUCCCAUCGCGGACUCUUUGGGAGCAUAAAGGACGUACUCGCGUGAGUAGUCUGCAUCGGCCACACGAAAGGUACGUGGCUGCUCCAUCCUGUUUCGUGUAGGCC